CGUAUGUUAGUUUUUUCAUAAAAUAUUCGCAUGAUGAUUCGCUUAAGUUGUAAUAUUUUGACGAAUCUACAAACAAGAAAUAGACGAUUUGUCACAAGCGCUUUUUUCUUAAAACCAAAGACUUUAAAGGAGUUCUCGGAGAAUAUCAGAGAGUCGCCACGAAUGAAGCAGUUUCACGAAAAACUUAAAUUGCAACCGAUACCAAAAGUAGGACCGCGGGAACGGUUCGUGGAUUUAGUGUUAGUGAAAACCGACCCGAGAACUGGAGAACUGAUAACAAAUAGCGAACAAGACCCUACUAAAUGGGGAGACUGGCAACACGGUGGCAGAGUCAGUGAUUUUUGAAAUGGAGGCGCCAUGUGUAUAUUUUUUAAUAUAGUUUCUAUAAAUAUAUUCAAGAACUCGAAAGAAUUCUUACUUCUUGACUUGCAAUGAUCAAUUUUUGCAUUUGUAAUUAUAC